CGAGCCGGGCUAUGGAUUAGUACCCUAGCCCCAGCAUGGAAUGCUCACAAUAGUCACCUUUACAACCACGCCAUUGUAUCAGCUUCCAACAAUCAGGGCAUCCCAGCUACGUUGGAGGUGUACGUGAUACUCGGCACAAGUGACACACAAUUUCUAGUAGAAUUAUCACACAAUGGUGUUGGUAUAUCACCCAUCACCCUAGGCCGGAGAUGUGGCUCGAAAUAGAUAAGCGAGCCCACCAGGCCAGGCGCCCCCCCCCCGGCUAAUCUCCGUGCUGGCUCGGGGCGGGGGGAGGGGCAGGUGAGCUCCCCAUAUAUAAGCACCUUGUAGUCCUUUAGAUAUUGCUCUUCCAUUCCACCACCCUUUUAAUACACGAUAUCACUAUCUCAGUACUUUUCUAGCAAUCUGCCAUGGAAAGGGAACUGAAUUUCGAUAAAGCUGAACUGGCCAUGCGUCAGGCGUUCGACCUCUUCCAACUGGGAGCAUCUAUGCUUAAGAAGGAGGACAACUCAUCUUCAGCAGGCAAGACCAGCUCUUCCGCAGCGGUGCGUUCCAAGAAGAAGGUGUCCUCCAAGAAAAAGGCCUCUAGAAACACUGUCUUUGACGAUGAACAAACUACACCUGAUGACGAUAGCGAGGAUGAACUGGCUGGCGAUGACAACCUCUACAGAAGCAGUAAGGUGAUGAAGAAAACCGGUUCUUUUACGAAUGAAGAUUACUACCUGGGUUAUUCACACAGGUAUAUCGACUUCACUGCAGGAAACCCCACAACGUAUCACGUUGUGGAGCACUUUUCGAAGCUUUUGGAAUCAAAGGGGUUUACCUAUCUCUCUGAAAAGGAAGAUUGGGGUGAAUUGACACCUGGCUUGUACUAUACCGUUAGAAAUGGUACCAACCUAGGUGCAUUUGUCCUUGGUGAAGGGUGGAAACCUGAGUUCGGAUCAGGUAUUGUGGGUGCCCAUGUCGAUGCUUUGGCUGCAAAGCUGAAGCCUGUUUCCAAAAAGUCCAAAGUUGACGGUUAUGAACUGCUAGGUGUGGCACCGUAUGCCGGUGCCCUCUCGCCUGUUUGGUUCGAUAGAGACUUGGGUAUCGCUGGUAGAGUCCUUGUCAAAGUUAAAGAUCCAAAAUCACCUGUUGGCUACAAUAUUGUAUCCAAAUUGGUCGACUCUUCCCCAAAGCCAAUUGCAAGAAUCUCUACUCUGGCUCCUCACUUUGGUGCGGUGUCAAAUCCACCUUAUGAUACAGAGGAAAAGGCAAUUCCUGUCAUUGCAUUCUCGCCAGGUCCAGAUGCGCCUCCUUCAGAGGCAGAAAAGAGUGCACCAUUGUAUGGUAAGCAUUCUCUGGAAUUGUUGAGAUACAUUGCGUCAUUGGCUAAGGUGGAGGUGCAAGAUCUUGCCAUCCUGGACUUGGACUUGUUCGACGUUCAAAGGGGAACCCUAAGUGGUAUUAAGGAUGACUUUCUCAUUGCCCCAAGAAUUGAUGACAGAUUGUGCUCGUUUGCUGCACUUCAUGCUCUGUUGGAGUUUGCCGAAAAGCCAAUCCCUAAGGGUCUAUUCAACCAAGUACUACUCUACGAUAAUGAAGAGAUUGGUUCCUUAACGAGACAAGGUGCUAAAUCCAAUUUGAUCACAAGCAUUACUCAAAGAGUCAUCGCUUCAACCCAGGACAUUGCAGAUGGCCAAAGUGUUGAUACGUUGUCGAAGAUCUCAUUUGCUAACUCGAUUAUUUUGUCAGCUGAUGUUACACAUCUGUUGAACCCUACUUAUAAGAGUGAAUACCUUGAGAACCACUUCCCAUUGCCAAACAUUGGUGUUACUGUUGCGCUUGAUCCGAAUGGCCAUAUGGCUACAGAUUCUGUUGGUUGGUCCCUUGUUGAGGAGCUAGCAAAGAUAAACGAUGAUAAAAUCCAAUAUUUCCAGAUUAAGAACAAUGCAAGAUCUGGAGGGUGCAACAAGCUAACAGCAAUCUGCGUUAUCAAUCAUAAUAACGAUACGUUUGUUAAAACUAAUUUAUACAAUCUGGCGACCUUGAAACUAUGA